AUGGAUCUAAUGAAGAAAUCUCAGUCUAAUUGCCAAGGUGUGUUUCUGUGGUUGAACGUGGUGUCAGGAUUCUUGAUUGGAUGGAGUGUGGCAAAGUCAGAUGAACCUCUCAUUCUUCAAAUUGAUGAGGAGCAGCCACCUUUUACCAUCAUUGGAGAUAUCAAUGCAGGCCUGCCUCCUGGACAUACAACUAGUAGCUUCUUCAUUCACGAGACUGAUGGAACAGGCAUGUCCUCAGACUUAAUUAUUGAUGAAACCACUGGGAUUAUCAAAACAGCCAAAGUGUUGGAUCAUGAGACCAGAGAUAAGUACAAAUUUGUGGCUGUAAAUUGGGGAGGUGAUGCAGUGGAGGUGGUCGUAAUCGUCAAUGAUAUCAAUGAUAACUCUCCAGUUUUUCCUAGCAGGCAAAUGAAACUGAAAGUACCUGAACAAACACCUGUGGGAACACGAUUUCGUUUAGAUUCAGCUAUUGAUGCAGAUGGAGGUCAGUUUAGCACACAGGGCUAUCUUAUUAAAGAUGGAAAUGUGGGGCAAGCCUUUCGGCUUGAAACCAAGAAACUUGCAGAAACACUGGACCUGGAACUGGUUGUGAAUAAUCCCCUGGACAGGGAGAAGAGAUCUACUUACACUUUAGUCAUUGAAGCCUUUGAUGGUGGAACUCCCCGCAGAACCAGUCAGAUGAUUCUGGAUGUCUCCAUUUUAGAUGUAAAUGAUAAUGCUCCAAGAUUUAAUCAGACUCGAUAUUACACCAUGAUCUCAGAGAGCCUACAGCCUGGCAGCAAUAUUCUGCAAGUCUUUGCCACAGACGUGGAUGAGGGAAAUAAUGGGGUGGUCAUUUAUGAGAUCAACAGAAGGCAAAGUGAUCCCAAUCAGUAUUUUGCCAUUGAUUCAAAGACAGGCGUUAUCAAGUUAAAUAAAGGGUUGGAUUAUGAAAUGAAGAAAGUUCAUGAGCUGGUAGUCCAAGCCAGAGACAAUGCCACACAUCCUGAAGUAACAACGGCAUUUGUAACAGUUCAGGUAAAGGAUUACAACGACAACCAGCCCACACUCACCAUCAUCUUUCUCAGUGAAGAUGGUUCACCUCAUAUCUCAGAGGGAGCUCAGCCAGGCCAAUUUGUGGCCAGGAUCUCUGUAUCAGAUCCUGACUAUGGAGAAUAUGCCAAAGUCAAUGUAUCUCUAGAUGGUGGUGACGGUAAAUUUGGGUUGACUACAAAAGACAAUAUUAUUUAUUUGAUUUGUGUAGACCAGAUGUUAGACAGAGAAGAGCAAGAUACUUAUCAGCUGAGUGUCACGGCAACCGAUUCUGGAACACCACCAUUGAGGGCUGAAUCCACAUUUACCAUACAUGUAACUGAUGUUAAUGACAAUCCUCCAGUCUUUGACCACUCUGGGUAUCGACAGUCCAUCCCUGAGGUUCUGUAUCCUGGCAGCUUUGUGCUACAAGUAACAGCCAGAGAUAAAGAUGAGGGCAGUAAUGGUGAAAUUGUGUACAGUAUUACUGGCAGUACAAACUCUCAUUCUGAAUGGUUCACUAUUGAUCAAACGACUGGUGUUAUUACCACGGCUGCAAGUUUGGAUUAUGAAACAGAUCCUGUUCCCAAGCUGGUGGUGACGGCCACGGAUCGAGGAAAUCCUCCCAUGUUCUCCUCUGCUACUGUCACUAUUGCAAUCCAAGAUGUGAAUGAUAAUGAGCCUGUGUUCAGCCGCAAUUUUUACAAUACUUCAAUCAAAGAACAUCUUCCGAUGGGAACUUGCUUCCUUCAGGUCUCGGCCACAGAUGCUGACAGUGGAAGCUUUGGUGCCAUCACUUAUUCUAUCGGCUCUGGGAUUGGCAGCUUGGCUCCUGUUCAGUUCAGUAUCGACCAAUACACUGGCAGAAUCUGCACCACAAGCCAACUGGAUCGAGAUGAGGGGCCCAAUCACUAUGAGUUCACAGUGACAGCAAUUGAUGGGGGUGGCCUAAAGUCAGUGGCCUAUGUGAAAGUUUACUUGGACGAUAUCAAUGAUAACAGGCCAGUGUUCUACCCAGUCCAGUAUGCAGCCAGUGUCAGCACACAGAGCUUACCGGGGACUGCUGUACUCAGAGUGUCUGCUUUUGACAAGGAUGUUGGACAGAAUGGAAAAGUGACCUAUCGGAUUGUGUCAGGAAACCUGCUGUCAUUAUUCACACUGAACAGGGACACAGGUGUCCUAUCCCUUGUUGCUCAUGUACAUGACAGAGCAGGUACUGUCCAGCAACUGGUCAUCUCUGCCCGAGAUGCAGGAGGUCUUACAUCGUUGGUCAAUGCCAUGGUGAACAUCAGCAUUGUUUCGGGUACUGUCUCACCACCAGUCUUUGAACAAGCUCAAUAUUUCUUCACCAUCCCUGAAGAUGUGAGGAGAGGGUCCCAUAUUGGCUCUGUCAGGGCCAUAAACUCCCCAGGUCAUUCAGACUCCAUCUCCUAUACAAUUUCCUCUGGGGAUCCCAAUGGUUACUUUGCAAUUGGUGUUAGCUCGGGUUUGAUCCAGACCAGCAUUCCCUUGGACCAUGAAUCUCAUCCUGUCGUGAUUCUGGAUGUUCAGGCAAGCAGUGGUUCCCCUCCUGCCUAUAGCAGUACCAAGGUCAAGAUCACAAUAUCUGACAUCAACGAUAACACACCAACGUUCCCCACCUCAUCUGAAUCAAUUCUGGUCCCGGAGAACACAGAGAUCGGUUCUGUCAUCUACACUGUACACGCAGAUGAUCAGGAUAGCGGAGCCAAUGGUCAGGUGCAGUUUGACAUUGUUUCCAAUGAAGACAAGACAUUCAGCAUUGACCGAACGUCUGGGAAGCUGCGUGUGAUCGGAGCUUUGAGCUUUGAAACACUCCCACGCUAUGACCUGAAAAUUGUGGCUAAAGAUAGUGGGGCUCCACAGCUCAGCUCCACCUUCACAUUAAUUAUUCACAUUCAGGACGAGAGCGAUAAUGCCCCAAUCUUCGAUACCUUGACCUAUAGGGUUGAAGUGAAAGAAGGCACAGCUAUUAACACUCGGUUUCUCCAGGUCCGAGCCCUGAGUCAGGUCAGCAGAGACAACCACAUCACUUACUACCUGCGGACUGAUGGUGACUCAACCAACUUUGGAAUCCUCCCUGAGAGUGGCUGGUUGUAUGUGAAAAGUGCCCUUGACCGUGAAAACAAAGACCUGUUCAGUCUAACUGUUGUGGCUUCGAGUAGUGAGGGCGACCAGAGGAAAACAGGGACUGCCAUGGUCCGAGUCUGUAUCACUGAUGAGAAUGACAAUGCACCAAAACUCAGUGAGGACCAGUAUUUCUUCACCAUCCAGGAGAACAUACCACCUUCAUCACCCAUUGGACGGGUCCUAGCAACCGAUCGUGACCAUGGGAUUAACAGCAAGCUGACCUAUAGGCUCUUCCCAGCACAUUCCAGCUUUCAGAUCAACUCACUCACCGGGGAGAUCAGCUCAAGAGUUAUGUUUGACCGAGAGCUUCAGGCGAGUCACCAGGUAACUGUGCUGGUUCAGGAUAGUGGGACCCCUCCUCGCAGUGUCACUGGAUCGGUCUAUGUCAUGGUUUUAGAUGAGAAUGAUAGUUCACCCACCUUCAGCAAUGUGCCGACGGGAAAGGAGCUGGUUGUCCAGGUUAUUGAAGGAAAUCAGCCAGGAAAUCUGGUGACAACUUUACAGGCAAAGGAUGCUGAUGAGGGAGAGAAUGGCACUGUGGCUUACUCACUCGCAGGACCCUGGGCCCAGCUUUUCUCUCUUCACCCAACCUCUGGUGAACUCCGGACAGCCACAGUGUUGUACAGGCUCGAGAGAUAUGAGUAUGAGUUGACAGCUCUGGCCAGUGACCGUGGGCAUCCACCCCAGACCACGUCGCUCGCUAUCCGUGUCCAGGUACUGAGCUCAGCUAACAGCCUGCCUCAGUCUGGCAGCAACUCAUUUACCUUCAGUUUUAUGGAAGGGAAGUCCCCAGGCUCUAUCAUUGGUUCAGUGGUCUCCCAGGAUCCAUCGAGUCGUGUCAAUGGGCAGGUGACAUAUACCCUGGUGGGUGGAACAGAUGUGGAUGGGAGAUUUGUUGUGGACAGAUUCACAGGUAAAGUUUACUUGGCCCAGGAGCUGGAUUACGAAUUGGGAUCACAUUACCAACUGGAGAUUGCAAUUGAUGACCUGAGUACAGCACUCCCCCAUAGCACUCUCGCCAUCGUCGACAUCAAUAUUGAGGAUCGCAAUGAAUAUGCACCACAGUUUGCUGAGGACCCCAUCACUCUAGUCAUCAAUGAGAAUGCGGCAGUUGGUACCUCCAUCUACACCUUCCAGGCAGUUGAUAAAGAUGGAAGUGGUCCCAACAGCCAGGUCCAAUACACCCUCCUCCAGCAAACACCCCCUGGGAACUUCCUCCACAUUGACUCCAUGACUGGAACACUGACAGCAGCAGCAGUUAUUGACCGGGAGACCACUCCAUUCUUCCUGCUGGUGGUACAAGCCAUGGACCAAACAGUGGAGAGAUCCCAGCAGAAAUCCUCAGCUGUAACGGUCCGUGUUUUUGUGACUGAUGAAAAUGACAAUGAGCCCCAGUUCCUGUCUCCAUCAGUGCUCCAGGUCAAGGAGGACCAGCCCAUUAGUAAUAUCAUCUCUUACAUCGUUGCCCAGGAUGCUGACCUGGGAGAGAACAGCAGACUCAGUUACCGGAUCAAAUCUGGAUUGGGGGCUAACAAGUUACGACUCAAUCCAACAACAGGGGCUUUGUCCAUUGUGAAGGAGCUGGAUUGCGAAGAGCAGAGUUGGAUUAACCUGACGAUUGAGGCCUCAGAUCAUGGAACAUUCCGGCGCUCAGCCACCCAGCUGCUCCACAUUCAGCUGAUUGAUGUCAACGAUGAGGUACCAACAUUUGAUAAGAAACAUUACGAAGCCAGUGUCCUGGAAAAUCAAGCAGCUGGUACCCAGGUCAUUCAGAUACACGCCACCGACAGAGACCAAGGUUUAAAUGGUCUCCUGAGGUAUGGAGGCCUGGUGGAUGACAGCUUCUCCAUUGACCCAGUGACCGGUGUCAUAACAACCAGCCGUUCCUUAGACAGAGAGCAACAGGAUCACUACCAACUCACAGUUUAUGCUAAAGAUGGUGGGAGCCCCCCCAAUGUUGCCACGGUGACAGUGUCCAUCAAGAUCGAAGAUGAGAAUGACAACAAGCCCAUGUUUGAGAAGGAUGUGUACGAGCUGCAAGUUCCAGAAAACCAGGAGCGAGUCUCACUCUUCACAAUGAAGGCAACAGACAAGGAUGCGAGGGAGAACGGAUGUGUGCAAUAUCAGAUCAUUGAGGGAGAUGUGAGUGGUCAUUUUCAAAUUGACAGGAAUACUGGGGUUUUGUCCACAAACAGUGGUCUCGACAGAGAAUCAGUUCCAUUUUAUACUUUAACUAUUCGGGCUCAGGACCGUGGGACCCCACAGACAAGUAGCACAGUAUCUGUCCAUGUUACUGUGCUGGAUAUCAAUGACAACACCCCCGCUUUUCCAGAAUCUUCCUACACCAUCGAGAUUGGAGAGGAUAGUGCAGUGGGCACAGUGCUUCUGGAAGUUUCUGCGACCGACGGUGACGAAGGAUCUAAUGGUGAUGUCUUGUAUUAUCUGAGCAGUGAGUCCCAGGGUAUGUUUCACAUUGACCAGGAGGGCAGGAUCAGCACUGUCAUGUCUCUGGACCGGGAGAAACAGCCCAGCUACACCUUCCUGGUUCGAGGUGUUGACUCAGCUCCCUCAGAUCCCAGAAGUUGCACAGCACGGGUUGAAGUUAAUGUGAUGGAUGUUAAUGACCACUCUCCACAUUUUGUUAUCGAUCCACUCAUUGUAAACAUCUCCAAACACACGCCAGUCAAUCAUCUUGUGGCUACCAUGAAGGCAGAUGACAAAGACUUUGGUGCCAACGCCUCCAUAUUCUAUCGCUUCCUGAGGGCAGUUUCUGGGUUCACUAUCAAUUCUUUCACUGGGGAAAUUCGCCUGCUCUCCCCACUGUCUUCGAUGAGUCAGAGCGAGCGGACACUGUUUGUGGUUGCGACAGACCAGGGCUCCCCAGCUCUCUCCUCCACUGGAGUGGUCAUGAUCAACCUGAGGGAGGAACACAAUCCCGGCUUACGGUUCCGCCGCAGCAUCAGCAACAUCCCAUUGGCAGAGAACUCAGCAGCAGGUACAUCUGUUGUGAAGAUUGAGGCGCAGCAUCCUGAUGGUUCACACAGAGGAAUCUUCUACAGCAUCUUCAGUGGCAAUGAGAGAGAUGCCUUCACCAUUCAUUCCAAUACAGGAGACAUCACCGUGAAGAGCCCGUCAGCCCUCGAUUAUGAACAAACACCAAAAAUGCGGCUUGUGGUGAAAGCGGAGUCUCCGUCCUCCUUUGUGUUCACGGCUGUCACUCUCAGUCUCCAUGAUGUCAAUGAUAACCUGCCACGAUUCCAGCUGCAGAACUAUGUCACGUUCAUCUGGGAGGCUCGUGGUUAUAGCACUCCCAUCACCCAGGUUUUGGCGAAUGAUUUGGACCAGGGCCAGAAUGGGGAAGUCUCUUACACCAUCGCAGCUUCAGCCCAGAGUGACCUCUUCCACAUCAAUCCCGUGACUGGCCACAUCAGCACAGCCGCUAUUAUGGACCGAGAGGUCUGGCCACAGACUCAGUUGGUUGUGUCAGCGUCAGACCGAGGGUCACCACGGCUCAUGGGCAGUGCUACACUCACCGUCAUUGUCCUCGACCUGAAUGACAACAGUCCCACCAUCCCACUGCCAAAGCUGGUGCGCGUUCCCGAGAACGCACUGAUUGGCUCCGAGAUCAUUGAGGUAACAGGAAAUGAUGUGGAUUCAGGUCCGGUCUUGUCCUACAGUCUGGUGACUGAUACAGAGAAGUUCAGCAUUAAUCGUUACCAGGGAAUCAUCUCACUGUCAGAUACCCUGGACUUUGAGGAACAAAGUUGGUACAUGCUCACUGUCCACACGUCUGACUCCAAACAUGGUACUGAGGCCAACAUCACCAUCAUCGUUGAGGACGUCAAUGACAACCCCCCUGUCUUUGUGCAGCAUUUGUAUCAGGUAACAAUGUCAGAGUUUGCAAGUUCCGGGAGCAGCGUAGUUACUGUGACAGCCACUGACCGUGAUCCUGGUGAAAACGGGGAAAUCCUGUACAGCCUGAAAUCCCCAACAACUGGAGGAUUCUCCAUUGACCCUCACAAUGGGACCCUGUUUACUGUGAGGGAUGUGGAUCUGAGGCUGGCUGAACCUUUGGACCUGGUGAUUGAAGCACGAGACUGCGGCUCCCCACCUCUCUCUUCUUUUACCACAGUUCAGAUCCAGGUGCUGGACAUCAAUGACCACUCUCCAUCCUUCACUCAGCCCGAGUACAAGGCUCAGGUACAGGAGGACCUGCCUCCAGGAAGCACCAUCCUGACCCUGGAGGCCAUUGACUUGGAUUCCUCCUGGGAUAACAGUGGCCUUGAUUACAGCAUUAUCAGUGGGGACACAGGUCAUGUGUUCCAGCUGCAGAGCCAACUGCAGAUUAUAGACGGGCACUUUAGGACGACUGCCUCUCUCAUACUGCUCGACACUUUGGAUUUUGAAACUGUCACCGAGUACAAUUUAACCAUUGCAUCAUUGGAUUAUGGAGUCCCUCAGCGCAGUGCACUCGUCUCUGCCAUCAUUACAGUACAGGAUGUCAAUGACAAUGCUCCUGUCUUUAACCGUACUCAAUACAAAGUGACUGUGAGUGAGGAUGUUGCUGUAGGGACUGAGAUUAUCCGAGUGGCAGCUCAUGACCUUGAUUCUGGGGGCGACUCUGUGCUGCGAUACAGUAUCAGCUCAGGUGAUGAAGAUACGCAGUUCAAGGUGGGUGAGAGAACAGGGAUUGUCAAACUGCGUAAAGCCCUCGAUCGUGAGGCACGGUCUCGGCACACGGUCAUCAUCCAGGUGACCGAUGGCCAGGCCCCUCAGGCUAACUUUGCCCUGGUCCCACUGACAGUGGAACUAAAGGACGUGAAUGACAACCAACCCUUCUUCCCAAUGCAAACACUGAGUGCUAACAUCCGAGAGAAUUUGCCAGCUCAUUCACUCGUGGCCAAAGUCCGUGCCAUCGACUUUGACUGUGGAAGAUUUGGUGAGUUACAAUACUCGAUCAUCAGCCAGCCCAUCUCCAUGACAGGCUUUGGGAAAGACAAAGAAAUGUUUGACAUUAACCAGCUGAGCGGAGAGCUUCGCACAAAACUCUCGUUUGAUUUUGAGAAGUUGAACUCCUUUCAGGUUGUGGUGAAGGCAGUGGAUUCUGGGAACUCCUCAGCCACUGUCACUGUCCAGGUCCAUGUGACUGGGGAGGAUGAGUACGAUCCCAUUUUUGUCAACCCUGUGUAUAACUUUGUUGUCCCAGAGAACGCAAAGAAGGGCCAGAGCAUCGGGCAAGUGAUAGCCACAGAUGAGGAUGGUGGUCUCGAUGGGAUUGUCCUGUACUCACUGCUAACCCCAUCGCAGUAUUUUGAUGUGAACAAAACUACAGGUGACGUCAUCCUCAAGAUGGACAAUCAGAGACACCAAGGCAAACGGUCAAAGAGAGAAACACGGACAAUGACCCUCAACAUCCAGGCCAAGAGCCCACUGGUAUCCUCCAGAUCCUCCAGCACCAAGGCACAUAUUGACAUCACUCAGACCUCGUUUGGAUUAACAACUGAGCUCAAUUGGUUGCUGAUAGUUGCCUUGGCAGCAUCACUAGGAAUUGGGGGGAUUCUUGCCAUCAUCGGCUUGGCCCUGGUGAUCAUCCGAGCCAGGAGGAGAAGGAAGAACCACGAGGCAAGCAGCGGCUCACAGCUCGACAACAUUCCGGAACCCAGCUUCCAGAAACUGGGAACUGAGGAUGCCACAUUACCAUCCAGUGACCGUAUCUACCAUCAGACCUUGCCCGGGUAUACAGCCGAGGCUGCAGGAGUGGGAGCUCCGUACACCCGGGGAGACUCGAUCGAUCCUUCACACUCCAGCGGCCGUGGAUCAGCAGAAGCAGCGGAAGACGAUGAGAUUCGAAUGAUUAAUGAGUACCCACGUGUCAGCAGCCUGAGCUCCUCCAUGCAGGAGCAUGUGUCAACACGUGGCCCAGACUCAGGAAUCCAGCAGGACGCUGACCAAAUGUCAGAUAUCUCCACUGACCCUGGCGUGGAGUGGUUUAAACACAAGAAAACCAGUGGCCUUUUGUUGCCAGGGCAACAGCAGCUGUACCGGGAGGAUGGUGCUGGUGGGUAUAUGGGGGCAGGACUGGGCCUGGGUGUGUGUCACGCCAAGGAUUAUGUCUUUGCUGAAGAUGGCCGCCCAUCAGCACAAGGUUCACUGACUGCCAUCGUCGCCAGUGAGGAGGAACUGCGAGGCAGCUACAACUGGGAUUAUCUCCUGAACUGGAGCCCGCAGUUCCAGCCCUUGGCCAGUGUCUUCACUGAGAUCGCCCGGCUCAAGGAUGAGAAUGCCCCUCGCAAAAACUUCCAAUCCAAACCCAAAGUGGACCCCAAACCUCGCAUUGACCCUCCCCCACUCAUCACCUCUGUGGCCCACCCCAAUGCCAUGUCUGUCCCUCCCCGAAUGGCAGUGAACCGGAGCCACAGUCACAUGACCGCAUUGCCACGCUCACCCAUCACUAGUGAUGCGUCAAUGACAUCAGCAGCCAUGUCACCCAGCUUCUCCCCUUCACUGUCUCCAUUGGCCGCUCGCUCUCCAGCUGUAUCCCCAUUCGAUGUUUCCCAAGGACCCUCAGCCUCCAUCAUCAGUACCGAGCAUUCCUUAGACAAUCCAGAGGAUGUGGAGCUGCGGAUAUAGAUCCCAGUUAACACAGCAGCCAUGUUCCUCAUUCAGUCACUCCCACUGCCACAAACUGCCAAUACCAAACCACAGAUAUCACUGGAAAUACCAGACCAUGUAACAUUGUUCAAAGCAAUAGAGAGAGAGAGAGAGAGACAGACAGAGACAGGGAGAGAGGGGGAGGGAGAGGGAGACGGAGAGAGACAGGAAGAGAGAGGGAAAGAGACAGAGAGGGAGGGAGAGAGAGGGUUGGGGGCAUUCUCAAAUCAAAUACCAAAUAUUUCACUUUUAUUGGGUUCACAACCACAACAACACCUAAUUCCUUCAUUAACUCGUCACAAACAGAAGGUCAGAAACAAACUGAUUCUGAACCACGUGGAGCAAGAGGAUGUUAGAGAUUUGGAGCAGUGGGACCUAAUCAAAAGAUGGGGAUAAAAUAAAUUAAACUUUACUCUGUAUAUAACUCUUUGCCAUCCCUGUCCUGGAAGUGUUUGAUGGGGACAGUGCAGACCAUAACAUCAUAAGAUGCAAGAGCACAAUUAGACCAUUCAGCCCAUCGAAUCUGCUCCAUCAUUUGGCUGAAAUGUUUCUUAUCCCCAUUCUCAUGCCUUCUCCCUGCAACUCUCGAUCCUCUUAGUAAUCAAGAACCUAUCUAUCUCUGUGUCUUAAACACACUCAAUGACUUGGCCUCCACAACCCUCUGUGGCACUGAGUUCCACAGAGUCCCCACCCUCUGACUGAAGAAAUUCCUCCUCAUCUCAGUUCAACAGGGUUGUCCCUUCACUCUGAGACUGUGCCCUCAGGUCCUAGUCUCUCCUACUGGUGGAAACAUCUCCUCCAUGUCCACUCUAUCCACACCUCUCAGUGUUUUGUAAGAUUCAAUCAGAUCCACCUCAUCCUUCUAAACUCCAUCAAUUACAGAUCCAGAGUCCUCAACCUCUCCUCACGUGACAAGUUCUUCAUCCUCAGAACCAUUCUUCUAAACCUCCUCUGGACUUUCUCCAAGGCCAACGUCCUUAGAUACGAGGCCCAAAACUGCUCACAAUAUUCCAAACCUGGUCUGACCAGAGCCAUAUACAGCCUCAGCAGGACAUCUCUGCUCUUGUAUUCUAGCUGUCUUGAAAUGAAUGCUAACAUUGCAUUUACCUUCCAAAGUGCCAACUGAACCUGCACAUUAACUUUAAGAAUUUCCUGAACUCAGACACCCAAGUCCAUUUGUACUUCAGAUUUCUAAAGCCUCUCCCUGUUUCAAAAAUAUUCCAUAUCUCUAUUCUUCCUCCAAAUGUGCAUAGUCACAUAUUUUUCCAGAGUGUAGAGGGAGCUUUACUCUGUAUCUAGCCCCAUACUCUCCCUGUACAGCGAAUGUUUGAGGGGGAUUCUCAGCGAAUGCUCACUUUUACACUCACUCACUCACUCACAAUCAGGGUUAGUGCAGGGUGGUUCAGGUCAGGGUUUGCUGAGGGUUCAGGUCAGAGGUCAUUGAUGACACUGGUCAGGGGUCACUAAUGAUCAGGGUCAGGGGUUGCUGAUAUUUAAGUGUUAAAGGGUGCUCUGAGUCUCGUCCCAGUUCAGGUUUCUUUUUAGGCAGGAGACAGGAGGUUUAAAUAUCUGUGAAUUGGUUGAAUUUAGUUAUUCCUUUCUUCAUAUUGACUUGUUUCAGACUGAGGGACAAAUUCCCAGCCUCUGGGUGCCACAGCCCUGACUCUAACCUGGUCAAUCAUUGCUUCAUCACCUGACACCACUUCUCCCUCCAUCAAUCUGAACUCUGCCCUCAUCUCCAAAACGACGCCUCACCAAUCUCCUCAGAGACACAAGGGCUUUGAAAAUUAUUGCGUUAAAAGUUUCUUUCUGUUUUUGGUGUAAUGAUUAAUCACCAGACAAGAGUCCCCUUUAAAGCUGCACCACCUUGAAUUUCUAACUGGACCCUGACCAGUGUCAGGCAACCCAACAUGUGAGCAUGUCUGCAGGAACCUGUCACAGUGGAGAGUCCAUGUGAUUGGGUGCUGUCACAGUGACAGUGGAAUACUGAUGGAUGGAUAUUGGACAUUGUUAUAUGACAGUGUUAACCCACAGUAUGACAAUGCCAUGGGAUAAAGUCCCAGUGAGAUAUAGCGUUGUAACAGCAUUCGGUGACAGUGUGAUGGGGGCUGUGUUUGCUGAAUGACACUGUAAGAAUUACAAGACAGUGUGACUGUGACAGUGAAACAGUAUUCUGUUCUGGGGUAACUGUGAUUUCACACCAUGUUGUUUUUUUACAGUGUCCUGUGACACACUGCCCCUGACAUCCGCACAUAAUCCGAAAAAAAUCCUGAUGGAAUUUCAGGACGAUCCACUGUAAAUAACAAUUCAAAGGAUGUGAGCCGUCACUUUCCAAUCUGUACUCUUCAUUUGCACAAAUCUUGUAUAAAGUUGUGUUUGUAAUUUGCCAAGAGUAUUAAUGAAGUAAUGUUCUAUUCGUGGCCAAUGAAGACUGGCCUGUUGCCACAAAGAUACUUUGUAAGAUUGAUACAGGUGACCUAUCAUUAGGUCCAUGACUCUGAUUGGUGAAUGUUCAUUGUUAUUUUUGUAUUGGAGAUGCACAGUGAGGAUUGAACCGAACACAGAGACAGAAUUUCCUCUUUCACUGAGUAAUUAGUGACCUCUCAGAGGUUUCAAACUGAAAACCAAGAUCCAUCCUACAGAAUGUUCACAAUCUUCAGUUACCAGCAGCAAGUUCACACCACCUCCCACUCAAUUCCUCUCCAUCAAAAACUACACGGUCCCUUGGGCUCGAUGUGGAAACUUUCACUUUUCAGAUGAAGGGAAGUCUGACACCUGGGAAACUGAAGGAAAAGGCAGAGACAAUCCAGGAGGGGACUGAGAUCAAUAUCAAGCCUUGGACUGGGUGGCAGGAACGGCCCAGAAUACAGGGUCUCUCAGGAAGUUUGCCCAUUGCUGAACUCGUUCACAGAUUUCUCCUGGAAUGUGAAAUUUUGUUCAUUUCAUAAAACCUGAUGGAGGAAACGCUGUUUCUCCUUCAACAUCAAACAUAAAUGAUUCAAAACAUAUUUCGGUCUUGCCCAAAUUGGUGCAUUCUUAUUAGGUUAGGAUUACCACACACACUGAUUCUCACUGGGGUACAGGGCCCACACACACACUGACUCUCACUGGGGUACAGGGCCCACACACACAUUGACUUUCACUGGGGUACAGUCCCAGACACACUGACUUUCACUGGGGUACACUCCCACACACACUGACUCUCACUGGGAUACAGUCCCAGACACACUGACUUUCACUGGGGUACACUCCCACACACACUGACUCUCACUGGAGUACAGUCCCACACACACUGACUCUCACUGGGGUACAGUCCCACACACACACACUGACUCUCGCUGGGGUACAGUCCCAAACACACUGACUCUCACUGGGGUACAGUCCCACACACACUGACUCUCACUGGGUACAGUCCCACACACACUAACUGACUCUCACUGGGUACAGUCCCACACACACUAACUGACUCUCACUGGGGUACAGUCCCACACACACACUGACUCUCACUGGGGUACAGUCCCAAACACACUGACUCUCACUGGGGUACAGUCCCAAACACACUGACUCUCACUGGGUACAGUCCCACACACACUAACUGACUCUCACUGGGUACAGUCCCACACACACACACUGACUCUCACUGGGGUACAGUCCCAAACACACUGACUCUCACUGGGUACAGUCCCACACACACUAACUGACUCUCACUGGGUACAGUCCCACACACACUAACUGACUCUCACUGGGGUACAGUCCCAAACACACUGACUCUCACUGGGUACAGUCCCACACACACUAACUGACUCUCACUGGGUACAGUCCCACACACAUUAACUGACUCUCACUGGGGUACAGUCCCAAACACACUGACUCUCACUGGGUACAGUCCCACACACACUAACUGACUCUCACUGGGUACAGUCCCACACACAUUAACUGACUCUCACUGGGGUACAGUCCCAAACACACUGACUCUCACUGGGUACAGUCCCACACACACUAACUGACUCUCACUGGGGUUAGAUUAGGAUCAUUGGAUAAUGACCAGGAGCAGGAACCCUGACUCAUGACUCCCACACUCCCGUUCUGUGAUGGAUGCCCCUGUUAUGGUUUUGAGCAGCAGCAUCACAAGGAUGCGCACUGAGACUGGAGCCUCCUUUUUUCAGGGUGACUAUAGUGGUUAGGGCAGAGCACUGAAACAUUGGGACCUGAUGGAGGGUGGGUGAGUGGAGAGUUGGGGUGGGGGGAUGAGGGGGUGAAUCACUCUCAGACAGUUUCCUUGCUGAUCCCAUAGGGAUGGUGACUGACAAUUGGCUGUGGUCAACUUCUGUUUCUUUCACCUUUUUUUAUUCAGACACGUGCGGAAGAUACAAAGACGUUAUUUAUUUUUACACUUUCUAAUGUAAACAGUGUUUUGUACUCUGAUCCAACAGAAUUGCAUGAAUCUCAAGAUGAUUUGGAAACGUUUGUUUAUAGAUCCCCAGCAGCGUAAUGUGUAAUCGCUGUGCCAUAU